CACUUAUAUCGCCGCGGGGCGGCGUAUCGAAUGAUAUGACAAUCAUCGUCAAUCGUUUGAUUGUAAAACGACUACGGUCAAAGCACAGUUCAAUCGAAGACUGGCACCCGACGCAUUUUGCCUCUGGCGUUGGGGACGAAUCGGGGGUGCGGUCGUUGCUUCAAUCUGCCAAGAAGGGUCAACAUCUGGUGCGUAUUAGAUCGCCAACCGAGAGAGAUGGGACGGCUCUGCAUGUAGCCGCCCGUGCCGAUCACCUAGGGGCUGUGAGGCUUCUUGCCAAUCCGACAGACCAGCUACAACCUACGCGUAUCAUGGACUCAACUAUGGACACGCCCUUCCACGUUGCCGUCAAAAGUUUCCAUCUCGACAUCGCGCGAGAGCUCUGCCGACUUGGAGGCAUCGCCUACCAGCUGGAAAAUAAGCGUGAGGAGUUUACGAUAUCUCAUUAUGCUUCUUCCAUCGUCUUGUCAUCUCGCCUGGCGAAGGCCUUACUGGAACUUAUGUUCUGUAGUGCCCUGUAUCUGAGGGACCAUGGCCCAAGAAAGGGCCAAGCGGGCAUCACAAACCACGUCAAGAAUCGCUCCGCUGCCAUCUGGAUUCUUUGCAAGGAUCAUGAGAACGGGGCUAUGGAGGCCGAAUGGCGGAGGCUUGUGGCCCUCUCGUUGAGCAAUCACAACGAAGUAUUAUUCAAAUUCCCGGUAGAGAUUAUGCCUGAUAUAGAAGCUAGCCCAUGCAGUCCAGAGGGGUAUUCGCUGUUCUAUUCUGAGUCUAUCUACGACGUUUUUGGAGCCUCGGAAGGGUUGGGUAUGUUACUGAGGGUUACUCUCCAGGCAGCGGGGUUAACUAAGGAGAACUGACUAGCGCCUACUGCCUCCGUGUUUAAUAGUAUCAGAAAGCCUUAGAACGCUUUGGAAACACCAAGAAAUACAAGAGAGC